GAGACACUUGAUGUCCACAGUGUUUUCGGAGUCUUCGAGGGAGGGAGAGAUGGAAUGAUUUGCCCCAAUCGUGUCGGUGUCUGACAUUUGAGCGAGGAAGCCAUAAAGGGUUGAGGGAGAGGGAGCAGGAGGAGGAAGAGGAGGUGGGGGGGGGGGGCAUGGCCAAAGCCUCGGUCAGGUUCCAACGAUUCCUCCGGCGCACGCCAAUCCUCUUCCUUUUCCUCACCGUGGCCUACCUCAUGGCCGGCAGCCUCUUGCUCCUGCAGCGCUCGGGUUUCUCCAUCCAGCUAGGCCCUCGAGGGGCUUCCAACGGCCUGUCCUCCCCCAGCAGCGCCCCCAAGAACCCUUUCCUGGAACCCCGCAGGGUGCGGGGGGACGCAGUCCAAUGCAGGGCUCCCCAGGCAUGGGGCGAUACAGCCACCAGCAAAGGAGGAGGCGGCGGAGGCAGGAGGUUUGGGCCUCGUUGGCUCAUAUCAGGCCACUCGGAGUUGAGGCCUCUAAGAAGGAGGUGGUUCCACAGCUUUGGGAAGGACCAAGAGCCCAGGCAAGGACCCCAGAUCGGGACGGUGAAGAAGACAACGGGAAGCAAAGCCACGCACAUCGGAUGCUUUAGGGAUGACUCCAAAGAGAGAGCUUUGAAAGGAGCCGUGUUUUACGACUUCCACAAAAUGACAGUGUCGCAGUGUCAGGACAGCUGUGCGGAGAGCGGUUACCUCUACGCCGGCGUGGAAUACGGCGCGGAAUGUCACUGCGGCAAUCACCUCACCGCUCCCAACGCCAGAGAGGAGGACUGCAACAUGGAGUGUAAAGGGGAGAAGCUCUCGGCUUGCGGUGGAGUCAACAGGAUCUCAGUGUAUCGCGUGGAGGACCUCAGACCCAGUAACAAGCGAUACAGGAAUGUUCUCUAUCGAGGCUGUUUCAAGGUGCCCGGUAACCUGACCGCCACUUUCCCCGUCUCCUCGGCGCAGUCGAACCUCACGGUGGCCAAGUGCACGGAAUUCUGCACCAAAGAGGAGUUCCCGCUCGCUGUGCUCAGGAGGACGGAAUGCUACUGCGGGUUUCCCACCCUCGGCUUCACGCUGCACCAGACCGAGAGCGACUGGCUGUGCGGCAAACUUCCCGGCGAGGCUCCGGCACAGCUCCUGGGCAACGAGGAUUACUGCGCCAUUUAUCAGACUCCCGUGCAAGACACCCGCUGCACGGACAGGAAGUUCCUACAGACCCGGGCGAAGAUCAUGGUGGCUCUCUCCAGCUUCCCGGGGGCUGGCAAUACGUGGGUUCGGCAUUUGAUCGAACACGCCACGGGCUACUACACCGGCAGCUACUAUUUCGACGGGACGCUCUACAACAAAGGCUUCCGGGGGGAGAAGGACUACUGGAAAAGCGGCCGGACGAUCUGCGUCAAAACCCACGAGAGCGGCAAACGGGAAAUCCAAACCUUCGACGCAGCCAUCUUGCUGAUCAGGAACCCUUACAAGGCCCUGAUGGCGGAGUAUAACAGGAAGCGAGCCGGUCACCUGGGCUACGCCUCUGAACACCACUGGAAGAGCCAAGAAUGGCCGGAGUUCGUGAACACCUACGCCUCCUGGUGGGCCUCGCACACGCUGGAGUGGCUGAGGCAGGGCAGGCGAGUGCUGGUGGUUCACUAUGAGGAGCUGAAGAGGAACCUGCUGGGGGAGCUGCGGAGGAUGGUGGGCUUCCUGCAGCUCAGCGUCCCCGAGGAGCGUCUGCUGUGCGUGGAGAGCCAUCGCGACGGCAACUUCAAACGCUCCGGGCGCCGGCAGAAGGACUUCGACCCCUUCACGCCCGACAUGAAGGCCACCAUCGACGGCUACAUAAUGGCCGUGGACGGUGAGCUCAGGGAAAGGAACUUCACCGGGCUGCCGCAGGAGUACCUGCCCAGGUGA